UAUAUAAAAUAUUUAAAACUCAUUCCUUUUCUGUUCUUAUACUAGCAGCUUCCCAAUGUUGCAUAAUUUGAUUGCCAUCCAUUCUUGAACAUGACAUGAAUUAGUUUUUAGUUCAAACCCUUGCAUGCAGAUACUUUUCUCUGAAUCAAGCAAUGGAGCAUUUUCUUUGUUGAUCAAUGGCCUUCUGUUUCUAAUACUAGCUAGAAGUAGUGUGUUUAGUUGAAGAAAAAUGAUGUAUGAUACUUUACUUUCCAGAAGCUUUAGCAAACAUGAGAAACAGAAGUUGAGAUACUGGGGACUCAUCACUUGUUUGCUUAUUGCAUUGAGCUUCUGCACUGUCUUUAAGCCUUAUUUGGGUCCUCUACCAGUUUUGAAUUUGCGGUUGUCCAUUGGAGCUGGCCAGAAAUUGGAAAUUGUAAAUGACACAAGUAGCUCUCUAAAGCUAAUAUCUGGGGAUGAUGCAGUUUUAAAAAAGAAUAGUGCACUAAUGGCAAAUGAUACAAGCAGUUCUCAGCAAGUAGUCAAGGAAAUUGCAAGAAAGAAUGAUGAACCCAUCAAUAACACAAGCAGCUCUCAGGAAAUAAUCAAAGAAAUUAUCAUGAACAAUACAGUAAAGCUCAACAAUACAAGCAGCAAACAGACAAUAGCGGGAGACAUUAUAACUAAGAAUAAAACUGAGCCUGUAUCUGUAUGCAAUAUGCUGGAAAGAUCAGAUUUCUGUGAGAUCAAAGGGGACAUCAGGAUUGAUGCAAACUCUUCCAUUGUUUAUAUUGUCUCAUCUGAAAUUGAUAUCUUGGCAGCUUCAGCAAACACCUCAUGGACUAUCAAGCCUUAUGCGAGAAAAGGUGACAGAGCAGCAAUGAGCAUGGUCAGGGAAUGGACACUGAAAAUGGUAAAGGAUCAUCAGAAUACCCUUAAAUGCACUCAAAUUCACAAUGUUCCCGCAAUCCUUUUUUCUCUAGGAGGAUAUUCUGGCAACCAUUUCCAUGCCUUCACCGACAUUAUUCUUCCUCUGUACUCGACUGCUCAACCCUUUAAUGGAGAUGUACAACUUCUUGUUACUGACAGAAAACCUUGGUGGGUUGCCAAGUUCAAUGUAUUGUUGAACGCAUUGUCUAGAUAUGAGAUUAUUGAAAUAGGUAAGAGAGGAGAAAGCACUCAUUGCUUCUCAAGCAUAACUGUUGGUCUUAAACGACAAUCCAGCAAAGAGCUCAAUCUUGAUUCCAUGGGAGACUUCAGGCAGUUCUUAAGAAGUUCAUAUUCGUUAAGGAAGACAACUGCGAUCAAAAUCAAUAAUGGAGGGUUGAAGAAAAGGCCUCGGCUUGUGAUCAUUUCAAGACAGAGAUCAAGAAAAUUUAGCAAUAUAGGCGAAAUUGCUCAAUUGGCAAAAAGAUUGGGUUACAAAGUAGUUGUGUUUGAACCUGACGCAAAUGUUUCAAGAUCCGCACAAGUAAUGAAUUCUUGUGAUGUGGUGAUGGGAGUUCAUGGAGCAGGUUUAACCAACAUGGUGUUUCUUCCAUUAAAUGCAAUCUUGAUCCAAGUAAUACCCUUUGGAGGGGCAGAAUGGGUAUCAAAAACUUACUUUCAAGAGCCUGCAAAGGAUAUGAACAUAAGGUACUUGGAGUAUAAGAUCAGUUUAAAAGAAAGCUCUUUGAUUGAGCAAUACCCUGCUGAUCAUGUGGUUCUAAGGAACCCCUAUGCGAUCCAAAAACAGGGUUGGGAAGCAUUUAGGUCAAUAUACUUUGAUAAGCAAAAUGUAAAGCUGGAUUUGGAUGGAUUUAGACACACUUUGUUAAAAGCUUUAGAGCUUCUACAUCAGUAAAUUUUAUUUCCUUUGCAACUCCUUUUGGUUGAGUGGUAAUCUUCAACUUUUAUUUUUGGUAUAAUGGGCUUCAAUCGAAAUUUGAAUUUUAGACCUCACAGUUCGAGAAACGACUUCAAUAUCUUGAUCUA